AUGAGCUUCGAAAAAAAGCCCCUCUACCAAGCGCCCCAAGCGCCCUUCCAACCUCCGCCACCCGCAUACACCGCGGUCCCCUAUCCCUAUCCCAACGCGCCCGUGCAACCACCACAGCACGCCAACCACUUCGCAUACACCGAAAGCUAUCCUCAAAACUUCGGAACCGCCGCCGCACCACAACCCAUCGCGGCACCCUUCCCACAGCCCACGACCUUCUCCCCUCCUCCCGCCCUCCGCGUCUUCCCCGCCACCAUCAACGGCUACUACAGCUGGAAAUCGAGCACGACCAUCUACCUCGGCCCGUCCAAAGACACCCGGACGCACGCGCUGAAAGUGCACGACUCGCUCUUCUCGUCGAAGCAGACGCUCGCGCUGCACGCGGGGCCGGGCACGGGGCCGGAGCACGCCGUCAUGGCGAGCGUGCAGAGCAGAGGGUACAAGGACAAGGAGUUUGUGGUCACGGCGUCGGGAGCGGCGAUGGGCGGAUCCGACGCCGUGGUGCAGGUGCACGGCGUGAAGACGAGCAUGAUGAGCGAGGCCGCGCGGUUUGAGGUCGAUGUUGGAUAUGGGAGGGUGGAGGCGUUCGAGUGGCGGAGCAGUCACGGCGAGGAUAUCAAGGAGGUUGCGACGGGGUCCUCGUUUGGGUGGAAGCUGGUGAGGUUGAGUGAGCAUGGCGGGCCCACGGGGAUGGGUCGCGGGUUUGCGAAUGACGGGAAGGAGAUUGUGGCGGUGGUCGCGCAUAAUGCGUCGUGGAGUGCGAGCAAGGGGUUGAGGUUUGCUUUCCUGGGGAGCGGGCUGGCUGGUGCGUUUGGGGAGGUGUGGGAGGUUGUGGCCAUGGCGUCGGGGCUGAAGCUUUGGUAUAAGGAUGUCGAGCACAUGGCUUCUGCGGCGUCGGGAUGA